CAAGUUCUGGAGAAUCAGGUUCUCCAGUUGCUCCGACUCGGUUUGUGUGAACAGAAGGAGAAGCAAAGAUCUGAUCAGAGGAAGACAGCAGAGACGGUGAGGACAACUGGUCACCUGAAAACUAAACACCUGAGUAGGAGUCCAGACACAUUUCUGGAGGAGCUUUAAUCAGCUGAUGCUAGUGGUAGCAGCAACAUAAUACUGUCCAAUGGCAACAAACAGGAUUUAAAGAUGUUUAAGUUUUUAUUUCAGCCUGAAGGAAAUCUGAUCCUAGAAUGACUGACGAUCCUUAACAGGAACAUAGAAAAAUUUGAUAAAAAAUGGCACAGCAGCAGGAAGUCCAGCAGGAUUUUGAGGAAAACCUUUUCAAAGUUCGCAGUGAAUUUGUGAAGAGAGUUUCUGAGGAAAUCCUGAUUCAGCUCCUCGAUAACCUGGAAACAGAUGGUGUCUUUAAUCUUUCGGAGAAACGGGCAAUACUUGAAGGGAACCAAAUAACAGCAAACAAGGCCCGGGAGACCAUAGAUGCUGUGAGGAUGAAAGGACAGAGAGCCAGUGAAAUGAUGAUCCAACAUCUUCACAACAUAGAUCCUACCCUGUCCAAGCAACUGGCUUUUUCCCCUGCUAAAGAUUAUUAUUUUCGAUGUCAACGGCAGCUUAAAGUGUAUGUGAAGACAAUGUUCCAAAGUCUUUGUGAAGGCAUCACUGAACAUGGAAAUGAAACCCUACUGAACCAGAUCUACACAGAGCUCCACAUCACAGAGGGGUUAACUAUGGGGGUCAACAAUGAACAUGAGGUCAGACAGAUUGAAACAGGAAGCAGGAAACAAGAAACAACAAUCAGACGAGAAGACCUCUUUAAAGUCCCACCUGGAAGUGAUCAACCAAUAAGAACACUGAUGACCAUGGGAGUGGCUGGCAUUGGGAAAACACUGUUAACACAGAAGUUCACUCUGGACUGGGCUGAAGGCAGAACCAACCAGAACAUUGAUUUCAUAUUUCCUUUCACUUUCAGAGAGCUGAAUACCGUGAAAGAAGAAAGGUUCACCUUGGUGGAACUGAUUCAUGACUUCUUUGAAGACAUUAAAGAUGCCAGAAUCUGCAGCUUUAAAAAGUUCCAGAUUCUGUUCAUCUUUGAUGGUCUGGAUGAAAGUCGACUUCGUCUGGACUUCCACAACACAAAAAUAUUAACUGACUCUGAAAAGUCCACCUCCCUGGAUGUUCUGCUGACAAACCUCAUCAGGGGAAAACUGCUUCCCUCUGCUCUCCUCUGGAUAACCACACGGCCUGCAGCAGCCAAUCAGAUCCCUCCUCAGUAUGUUGGCAUGGUAACAGAGGUCAAGGGGUUCACUGAUCCCCAGAAGGAGGAGUAUUUCAGGAAGAGAUUCAGAGAUGAUGAAGAGAAGGCCAGCAGGAUCAUCUCCCACAUUCAGAAAUCAAAAACUCUCCACAUCAUGUGUCACAUCCCAGUAUUCUGCUGGAUCACUGCUAAAGUUCUGGAGGAUAUGAUGAAGACCAGAGAGGGAGGAGAGCUGCCCAAGACCCUGACUGAGAUGUACAUAGAGCUUAUGGAGGUUCAGACCAAAAUCAAGGAGGAAAAGUAUGAUCGAGGAACAAAGACAAAAUCAAUCUGGAGUCCAGAGAACAGGAAGCUGACUGUGUCUCUAGGAAGACUGGCGUUUGAGCAGCUGCUGAAGGGAAACCUGAUAUUCUAUGAAAAAGACCUCAAACAGUGUGGCAUCAACAUCAAAGAUGCUUCAUUGUACUCAGGAGUGUUCACUGAGAUGUUUAAAAAGGAGAGAGGAGUGCGCAAAAAAUCAGUCUACUCUUUUGUUCAUCUGAGCAUCCAGGAGUUUCUGGCUGCAGUCUACAUGCGCCACUGUUUCACCAACUGGAGGAAAACAAAAGUGACCAAGACAUUCCUGGGAAAAUAUUAUUUGUCCUUAUCUUUAGAUGAGUUCAUGAAGAAGGCCAUGAGGAAAUCCCUCAGCAGUGAAAAUGGCCACCUGGACCUGUUUGUCCGCUUUCUUCACGGUCUCACUGUGAAGUCCAACCAGAGCAUCUUAGGAGGCCUGCUGGGGCAGACAGAGAACAGUCCAGAAACCAUCCAGAAAAUCAUCACCAACCUGAAGGAGAUGAACACUGAUAGAAUCUCUCCUGACAGAAGCAUCAACAUCUUCUACUCUCUGGUGGAGAUGAACAACCUCUCAUUUUAUCAGGAGAUCCAACGGCUGCUGGAUUCAGGGAAGGAGCUCUCAGUGACUGACUGUUCAGCUCUGGCCUUCAUGCUGCAGAUGUCAGAGAUUCUGGAUGAGUUGGACCUGAAGAAGUACAACACAUCAGAGGAUGGAUGGCAGAGACUGGUUCCUGCUGUGAGGAACUGCAGAAAGGCUCGACUUGGUGGCUGUUCGCUCCAAAAGGCUGAAUGUGAAGUUGUGGCCUCAGUUCUGAAGUCCAACCCAAAUCUGACUGAACUGGAAAUAAGUGAGAUCGAACUGGGAGGUGGAGACUCUGAUCUGAAGCCUCUGCUUGAGAUCCUGGAGAGUUCAGUCAGUAAAGUGAAGAUUCUGAGAUUGUGGAAUUGCUGGUUGUCAGAGACCAGCUGGACUUCUCUGUUCUCAGCUCUGAAGUCCAACCCGACCCAUCUGACAGAACUGAACCUGAGCUGGACCAACCUGGGAGAUUCUGUAGUGAAGGAGCUCUGUGGUUUUCUACAGAGUGAAGGCUGCAGACUGGAGAGAUUGAGAUUAGAGUGCUGCAGUUUUUCAGGGACCAGCUGGACUUCUCUGUUCUCAGCUCUGAAGUCCGACACGACCCAUCUGACAGUAAUGGACCUGAGCAGAACCAACUUGGAAGAUUCUGGAGUGAAGGAGCUCUGUGGUUUUCUACAGACUGAAGGCUGCAGACUGGAGACAUUGAGAUUAUGGAAAUGCAGUUUGUCAGAGACCAGCUGGACUUCUCUGUUCUCAGCUCUGAAGUCCAACCCGACCCAUCUGACAGAACUGGACCUGAUCGACACCAACCUGGGAGAUUCUGUAGUGAAGGAGCUCUGUGGUUUUCUACAGAAUCCUCUCUGCAAAAUAAAACAUUUAAGACUUGGUGGCUGUUCGCUCCAAAAGUGUGAAGUUGUGGCCUCAGCUCUGAAGUCCAACCCAAAUCUGACUGAACUGGAAAUCAAUCAGAUCAUACUGGGAAGUCGAACCUUUGUAAUUGAAACCUUUGGAGAUUCUGAUAUGAAGCCUCUGCUUGACAUCCUGGAGAGUUCAGUCAGUAAAGUGAAGAAUUUGGGAUUGAUAGAGUGCAGUUUGUCAGAGACCAGCUGGACUUCUCUGUUCUCAGCUCUGAAGUCCAACCCGACCCAUCUGACAAAACUGGAGCUGAACAGAACCAACCUGAGAGAUUCUGGAGUGAAGGAGCUCUGUGGUUUUCUACAGAAUGAAGGCUGCAGACUGGAGAUACUGGGAUUAUGGAAAUGCAGUUUUUCAGAGACCAGCUGGACUUCUCUGUUCUCAGCUCUGAAGUCCAACCCGACCCAUCUGACAGAACUGGACCUCUUCAGCACCAACCUGGGAGAUUCUGUAGUGAAGGAGCUCUGUGGUUUUCUACAGACUAAAGGCUGCAGACUGGAGACAUUGGCAUUGUAUGACUGCAGGUUUUCAAAGAUCAGCUGUGAUUAUUUGGCCUCAACUCUGAAGUCCAACUCGACCCUCCAUCUGACAGAACUGGACCUGAGAUUCAACGACCUGAAGAAGUCAGAUGUUCAGCAGCUGAAGGAUCUUGUAAAGACUGUAAAGUUCUGAUCUCUGUAAAGUAGAGAAUGGUCUCUGUGUCCUGCUGAUCCUCAGAGGUUGAAGCUUCAGCAGUUUGAGUCUAAAGAGACUGACUGGUUCAUGAUGAUGACCUCUGACCUCCAAGAUUUUCCUCCUGUUUAUUUUCUCA